AGCCAGCCUCUUUUCACUGAGGUGGAAAAUCCUUGCACAGGGCUCUUGGAAGCAGUCACGGGACAGGUUAUGCCACCAUUAAGGUUUGUGGUGAAGACGGCAGUGAAGGAGAAAGGCUGAUUGGACAUCGCCCUGUGUCGUCACAGUGACCAUGGCAACCAGUGGGAGCAAGGAACUGGAAAAUGUUCCCACGUGCUCAGAAGCACAGGCAGAAGAUGAGGUCGAGAGGUCAACAACAGAGGAGGAAGAGGAAGAGGAGCUGGACAGACUGUUGGCGGUGGAGUGCCUGGGAGAUCUGCUGAGCGAUCGGCCUCCGCGUGAACCUGAAAGGAGCUACAGUGAGAAGGACUUUGAGUAUCACCGACGCACCUCCCUCCACAUCCACCACCCACUCUCUACACGCUUGCCGCCAAACAUGUGCUUCAGGAGGAAGGUGCUUCACUCCGAGAGAAAGAGGAAGAAAAGGAGGAAGAAGAAAAAGACCUCCGUGCCUCCGUCGGAGGUGACACCCACCAUCCAGGAGGUGGAUGAGGAGGAGGAGGAGGGUUCGGAGGUGGAGACCCUGGACAAGGAGCUCUCGACAAGUGAGGAGAUGCGCGAUCCACCAAAGUUCCACCUCGCCUCACCGGAAUCGAUGGAGUCCCUCCUGACCGAGGACCAGUUACUGGAAGCCUGCGUACAGCGCCCGGAAACAUCAUCAGGGACGACAGAAAGCUGCGUGAAACCUUCCCCGGAUUCCCCAGACAUCUCUCCAAGCAGCUCUGGGAAGCGGAGGUCCCUGCACCGGCUAGCGAGCGCCCAGCGAGCGAGCUACGACCUGCGGGAGCGGGUGUGCAUUGGGAGCAUGACUGCGUUAGGACCAACGGUAUACCAGAAGGUUCCGACGGAUGAGGCUGAGGCACAGAUGUUGGCCAGCGUUGACCUGGACCACAUGAAAAGCCACCGGUUUGAGGACAACCCUGGGGUCCGUCGGCAUCUGGUCAAGAAACCUUCGAGGAGCCAAAUGAGCAAAACCAACAACAAGAUGUCUCAGUCCAGCGUGAAGAAGAACCAGCUCGAUCGGAAGCCUCAUGAGGUCUUCGUUGAGCUGAACGAGCUGGUGGUGGGCAAGAACAACGAGAUGACCUGGCAGGAGACGGCGCGUUGGAUCAAGUUUGAGGAAGACGUGGAGUCCGAGACGGACAGGUGGGGGAAGCCGCAUGUGGCCUCGUUGACCUUCCGGAGUCUCCUGGAGCUGAGGAAGACCAUUGCUCAAGGUGCUGUGCUGCUGGACCUGGAGCAGAAGACUUUACCUGGAAUUGCCCACCUAGUGGUGGAAACCAUGGUUAUCACCGACCAGAUCAAAGCAGAAGACAGAGCCAAUGUACUGAGAGCCCUGCUGGUCAAACACAGCCACCCAAAUGAUGAGAAGGAAGGAAGUUUCUUCCCUCGGUCCGGAAACUCCAGCAUGUCCUCUGUCCUGACCAGCCACCACGUUCACCACGAGCACAACCCUUCGAAAGACCCCUUCAUCACCGUGCCACUGAUGGGAGAAGAGCGCGUCGAGACUCAGGACCCCAAAACCGUGGAGACCGACGACCAGAAGAAUUUGAAGCAUCCAACACACCACAGUGAGAGGCACAAAACCAAGUCAGAACUGAAACUCCUGAAGCAGAUUCCAGAUAACGCAGAGGCCACGGUUGUCCUCAUCGGGACUCUGGCCUUCUUGGAACAGCCCACCAUGGCCUUUGUUCGUCUCAGUGAAGGUGUGUUGCUGGAGUCGGUUUUGGAGGUCUCAGUCCCUGUGCGUUUCAUCUUCGUCCUGCUGGGACCAGCUCAGUCCAGCAUGGACUACCAUGAGAUUGGCCGCAGCAUCUCCACUCUGAUGUCUGACAAGGAGUUCCAUGAAGCUGCCUACCUGGCUGAUGACCGGCAGGAUCUCCUGAAUGCCAUCAACGAGUUCCUGGACUGCAGCAUCGUCAUCCCACCGCUGGAGCUGGAAGGCAAGGACCUGCUCCGAUCAGUCACUGCCUUUCAGAAGGAGAUGCUGAGAAAGAGGAAGGAGAGGGAGCAGAAGAAGGUGAUAAAGAAGGAGGAGUCCCUGUUGGACAUCAAAGAGCUGUGCGGGGAGGUGAAGGAGGAGGAGGGUGAGGACGACCCUCUGGAAAGGACCAACCUUCUGUUUGGGGGCCUGAUGCGGGACAUCAAGCGGAGGUACCCCAAGUACCUGAGCGACAUCCGGGACGUCUUCAACUGCCAGUGCCUGGCCGCCAUUAUCUUCAUUUACUUUGCUGCCCUGUCUCCUGCCAUCACCUUCGGGGGCUUGCUGGGUACGAAGACUGAGGGGCUGAUCGGGGUGUCAGAGUUAAUCGUCUCCACAUCAGCGAUGGGUAUCUUCUUCUCUCUCCUGGGUGCACAGCCCCUCCUGGUGAUUGGUUUCACAGGUCCGCUGCUGGUGUUUGAGGAAGCCUUCUACAAUUUCAGCAAGAACCAGAAUAUUGACUAUCUCACUGGCCGUGUAUGGAUCGGGUUUUGGCUCAUGUUCAUUGUGCUCAUCACAGUGGCUUUCGAGGGCAGCUUGCUGGUACGAUAUGUCUCCCCCUUCACCCAGGAGAUCUUCGCCUUCCUCAUCUCUGCCAUCUUUAUCUACGAGACCUUGAAAAAUCUCUGCAUGGUCUUCUCGGAACACCCACUUCUCAAGACCUACCCGGCCAGUACACAGGCGACAGCCAACUACACGCAGGAUAUGAUGGUGCAGAUGCAACCCAACACGGCCCUGCUGUCUCUGGUCCUGAUGGUUGGCACCUUUUUCACCGCCUACUUCUUGAGGAAGUUCAGGAACAGCCGGUUUCUUGGGGGAAGUGUGCGACGGAUUAUCGGAGACUUCGGGAUUCCCAUUGCGAUCCUGGUGAUGUUAAUCGUGGACACCUCAGUCACAGACACCUACACAGAGAAACUGAAUGUACCCCUUCAUUUCUCCGUCACCUCUCCCGACAAGCGGAGCUGGUUCAUACAUCCCCUAGGCAAGGACAACAGCUUCCCGCUGUGGAUGAUAUUUGGUGCGGCGAUUCCGGCCCUACUCCUCUUCAUCCUCAUCUUCAUGGAGACCAACAUCACCACACUGAUCGUGAGCAAGAAGGAGAGACGCCUGGUCAAAGGCUCCGGCUUCCACCUGGACCUGCUCCUCAUUGGGGUGGGUGGCGGCGUCUGCGGCCUCUUCGGACUUCCCUGGCAAACAGCAGCCACGGUACGAACCAUUGCUCACGUCAACGCCCUGACGGUGAUGAGCAAGAGCACUGCCCCAGGAGAGAAGUUCAAGAUCGAGGAGGUGAAGGAGCAGCGAAUCACGGGAAUCAUGGUGGCAUUGCUCGUGGGUCUGUCGGUGGUUAUGAGUACAGUCCUGCGGAUGAUCCCAAUGGCGGUUUUGUUCGGGAUCUUCCUGUACAUGGGGGUGACGUCACUGACAGGAACCCAGCUGUAUGAGCGACUCUUGCUGAUGUUCAUCCCAGCCAAGUUCCACCCGGACCACAUCUACGUGACCAAGGUCAGGACUUGGAAGAUGAACCUGUUCACCAGCAUCCAACUGGCCUGCAUUGUCAUCCUCUGGGUCAUCAAAUCCACCAUCAUCUCCCUGGCAUUCCCGUUUUUCCUGAUCUUGACUGUGCCCACACGCUGCUACCUACUUCCGAGGAUUUUCCAAGAGCGGGAACUGCUGGCGCUGGAUUGCGACGAGAUGCAUCCGAACUUCGAUGAAGACGGCCACGAUGAGUACAGCGAGAUGCACAUGCCUCUGUGAUAGGAACCAGAGUCGGCCCUUGCUCCCCUUCCUCUGCAACCUUCUUCUAUUCUCUACCUCCUCCUCCUGUCCUCACACCCUAUUUCCCAGCAGCCGCCCUGCGCGAGGUGGCGGGGACAGCCUUGUAGUUGUGUCCCUCUUACUCCCAGGAGCCAGAGCUGGGGAGAGGGAGGUCUACCCUGUAAGUGGCAACAGGAGAUCUCUCUGCCUGGAGGGAGAUGGACGAAGAUCUCAAAACCAAGAUGGUUACCAGCUGUAUUUUCCUAUCGUAUCCUAUGGCUUAUUUAAUAUUAAGUGCAACAUUUUUGAUUAGCUAAAUUAGAUGGUUUCCCAACACACAAACUAAAAAUAUAACUGUGUGUCUUAUAACAAACUGGUAGUGUCCUUCAGUUUGUUGCUCCUCAGGUGACGUGGCCAUGAGUUUGGGAGCUGAAUGGGGGAUCUUUCUCUGCAGUGUGUUCACAGUGAGAUUUCUGCAUCCCCCAUGUGUCUGUUGACAACAGUAACUUCGUAGCUAUAGCGCCUUUUGUGCAGUAAAGAUCGAUGAGUGCUCUUUGCAAAAAAAAAAAAUUCAACACUAAACCUCGUGAAGAUACGGGCAGUCGAGCAAAGGCUCGGUCAAAGGAGUAGGUUUUAAGGAGAGUCUUGACAGAGGGGAGAGAGGUGGAGGGGUUUGGGGAGGGAACUCCAGAGAUUGGGGGCAUGCCCCCCCUCCCCACCCCAGUGGCGGAGUGAAUGUGGGAAUGAGUAAGAAGCCGGAAUUGAGGGGUUUGGAAGAUCUGGAGGAGAUUUCAGUAAGAGGGAGGAAAAAGAGAUUUAAAAGGUGAGGAACAUAAAUGUAAGUUAUUGCUGGACAGGGAACCAGUGUGUGUCGGACAGCGCAGGGUGGAGGAGGAGGUGGUGGAGUAUGGGUGAAGGGGAGAUAGGACGAGGACCAGCAGGGUUUUGGAGGAGCUGGCGCUGGCAGGAGGAGAAAGCUGGGAAGGUGGACUCUGGUGUCUCCCUUUAUGUGGUUGAAUUGAGGUUGGUUAUCGUGGUAACACGGGUAACAAAUUGAUUGAAAACAGUGGCCGCAUCUCCCUCUGGCUUGCCCCUGGGUUUCUCCAGAGAGAUGCAAGUGCAAAGCCUUUGUUGCUAAGGUUGCCUGCUGCCUUGCAGAGAUGUUCUCUCCCUGGUGUGAAUCUAACCUCCCCCCGCCCCCCCGGACCCCAGUCUGGGAUACCAAGGGACUUUGGUUCCCAAUCCAAUAAUUGUGCCCCAGGAUGGGAACGAGCAAGGGUAAAUGAUCAGUUUUCACACCAACUUGAACCUCUCUGGGUCUCCAACACUCUGCUCUGAGGAAGGAGAACAUAACGAGAAAGUGGUAUUAAGCUAUUCUGACUGAGGCCUAACCUUGGCUGACCAUACCUUGUUCUUGUUCCUCCAGACUGGCUGCUAGUCAGGGAAUACCUUUUUCCUUACGUAAACCAGUUGAUCUCCGAUUGUCCCUCAGUGCUGUCGGAUCUUUAGAACCGGAAGCCAUUGACCUCUUGAGCUGCUCUGUCAUUCACUGGAUCUUCUACCUCGUAUCCACUUUUCCAUCAAUGUCCCCCAUUCCCAAUACACUCAGCAACAGUCAUCUGGAGUCAACAGUUCCCAUGGGAUCAUAACCCAGAGAGAAGAGACCUCUCCUCAUUUCAACCCUAACCCCAAGAUCUCCAACCAGUGCCUACCCUGUCCUGCCUUUUUCUGUUCCGGUUGCAUUGCUUCUUGCUGUCCUGACCUCCAAAGCAGAGACUUAUUCUGCUCAGCCUAUCCCGUCAGAGCAACUUGGCGACCCUCCCUUGUGUAAGACUAAGGCUGCCCUCCAGUCAGAAGUACCAGUUCAUUUCCGUCAAGGUGCCGGAGUCAGACUCAGAGGCCACCGACACUACUGUCGCUGAAGGUGACAUUUAAUGAAUCCGUGCUGUUUUAUCUAACACGAGGCCCAGCGAUGGAGUGGGUGACCCUUCUACACUUCCCCCAUUGGUGCCACAAGCUACCAAAGGCAACUCCUUGAAAUGUUCGGCAGCCUCUGGUAACUUGUGGAACUGUUGGGUCCCUUGGAGCUUUGAGGAUCUCCAGGUCACUUGAAUUUGGCUGUUCAGAUAUAGGAUUCUGCGAAGCUCCAUGUAGGGUCCUGGGGUCAGUUCUCUGACCAGGUUCUCAGGUAACUCAAUGGGGGACAGGGGCACGCUGCCAUGUUCCAAAACAAACCGGCAGAUUCAGAACUUUAAGGGUGAGUUUCUGAUGACUACAGUAAAGGUACCAGCAUUUCUGUAGCACCUUGCUCAGCCUCAGGUCAAUGCCUGAUAUCCAGUGUGUACUUUUGUAGUGUGACCAUCAUUGUAGGAAACUCAGAGGCCAACUUGUGCACAGCAAGCUCCCAGAAAUGACAGGACAAUCUGCUUUAGUGAGGGCGAUUUAGUGGUAACGCUUAGCUGAGGGCACUGGGGCAAAGUCCAGGGGGUGUUUUCCAUUUACUGGAGAGGGCUGAUGAGGCUUCAGUUUAUCGUUAAGCCAGCACGUGCAUCAGAUGUUGUUGAGGGACAGGUAAUCACGGCGAGAGUUGGAGCAGAGGCCAGCACAGAGUGAUGGACUGAAUGGCCCUCUCCCUGUUGAAAGUUGCCUGAUCCUCUCCACAAAGCAUGAGAAGAUAAGCCUACCAAGAAUGUGAACUCCUCCCCAGAUCACUGCCUUAAACUGAUACACCCUCCUCAGGACUGUGGGUGGUCAAUCUGUCCAAAGCAGAACUAAUGAGAGUUAUGCACACACCAGGAGUUUGUGCCUGGUGUUGAGCUCUUGCAUUGAGUUUCAGAGGGUAUGUAGGAAUCACAGCUCAACCAGACUGGACGAGGAUGGCAAAUUCCCUUCCCUGGAGCCCAUUAGUGCACCAGGAGGGUUUUUACAACAGCCCAAUAGUUAUAAGGACAUUUUUUUAAAUAUAAUUUAACUAAAUUCCCGAGCUGCCAUGGUUUAGAUUUGAAUUUAUGUCUCCAGCCCUUGGAUGCUAGUCAAGGGGCAUAACCGCCGUGUUACUGCUUUUAGUGACCUGUACCCUAUUAAAACCGGCAGCUUUGCCCUCAGGACAGGACGCUACAGGAACCUUGUACACAGGGUCUCAACGUCGGACCUUUGUAACCCUGCACUUUCCACUGUGUACAGCCAGAGAUUUUUUUAUGACCGUUUCCCCACUGCAGCUCAUUUGAUGAGUGUUGGGUAUUUGUGUACAUGAGCGUACAUUUAUAAAUUAUUUUAUUGAGAAUAGAUGUAAUAAUUUAAAAAAAUACACAAGGAAGAUUGAAAUUAUUAAUGAGUAUCCUGGCAUUUGUACUGUGAAAACCGAGACGUGUGAAAGCUCUCGUAUUUUUGUGCCAAUAAUUUUUCAGACCGUCUUACCUUCUGAAUGUUUAAAGCUGUGACCACUCUGAUACAGGAACCUCCUUAAUAAAAUCUAGUGUGUUACAGUCACU